ACACGGAGUUCUACCUCAUAAUUAUUUACUCAUGACCUAGUCUAACCCUGCCUUAAUUUCAGUAGUUUUAAUUUUCUUUUGGAAAAAUAAUGGGUUUUUCACAGGGACUGUGUGUUCUGAGUUUAUCUCUUACAGCACCGAUACUGCUUUACACUGCAAACAACAGCUUUACUCUGCAAAAUCCAUUAACUAUAUUGGGAAUAGAAGGAGCUAUUCUUGCUGCAGUUUUCAUCAUGACUUAUUUGUCAGUUCGAAAUAAGAAGUCUGUGGACCCCUUGUUUUAUGUAUUUGCAGUAUUUUCUUUCACCUCUGUAACUGACCUGACAUGUGCUCUUGAGCUGGAUGGCCAUAUCAAAGGCUUCAUAGAUUUUUACCUCAAUAAGGGGGAGCCGUACCUGAACACGGCACAUUGCAUUAUGAAAAACUACUGGAACGGAGUGAUGCACUUUCUUUUACUCCUUACAAUAAUUUAUUGCAUGUGGAACGGGAAGCCAUUUCGGAGUUUGGCGCUUCUUUGGGCUGGCUCCAUGGUAGCAACUUACAUUGUCCUCAUCCCAAGCAUCGUCAUAGGUAAACAUGCGAAGAACAUCUAUCCAGCAUUUUGGCUCAACAUCGUUUUCUUAAUUUUGGCUGUCUGGGCAGCUGUGACAAUUUUCAGAAGGCCAAGACAGCCGUCAAUCAUUCCAGCAGACAAGGUUGCAGCAGAGCAGAAGAAAGGCUUACUAUCACGUCCUAUAGAUCUUCUCCUUACACUUCUUGUCCUCGGGGCCAUGGCCUUCACCAUCUUCAGAGGCUUUGUUGUUCUUGAAUGCACGCUGGAUAUAUGUUUUAACUACAUUUACCAGUAUGAGCCCUACAUGAAGGACAGUGUGGCCUUUCCUAAAGUCAUGAUGCUGGUGUUCCUGUUCUAUGCUCUGCCUUUUCUGACUGUGUUUGCUUAUGGGCUGACUAUGCCAGGAUGCACUUGGAUGCUGGACUGGACUUUAUUUCUUGCUGGAGCCAUUGCUGAGAUCCAGUGGACAUACAUUGGCGCAUCAGUGCACCCAAGAACUCCCUUCACCUACCGCAUACCUAAAGAGGAAUGGAACCUGGUUAUGACCCUCAACCUCUUAUACAUAGCUGUUCCUCUGCUGCUGGCUUUGAGAUGCUACAAAAACCCAACCUUCUUUAUGAAGACUGUACCUCCAGGACAAGCCGACAAUGAGAAAAAACAGCAGUAGACCCACAAAACUAAUUGUCUAGGCAUCAUCUUAUGAACCAAGAGUAGCUGGACAAUAGCAGGAAGAAUAUUUCUGAAGGAACAUUUGUACAGGAUCUAAGACUAUUGAUUUGUCAGAGAUCUGGACUGGCAAAAAUGCCUCCAGAUUCUCUGUUCUUAUAAGAUGCAUCUAAAUUGCAUUCGUGAGUAUUUUCCUGGCACCCCACGGUGGUGGACCUCGUCCGUUUUCCUGAGUAACCCUUGUGACUGUUCGCCUGAGCUGAUUGGAUUAAGAUCGGUCUGAACUGUUCUGAAGUGCAGUUUAUCUCUGCGUGAAGAAUGACUCAUUUGUUGCAAUCUGGGCUUAAUAAAGAAACCCUGGACUCUGACACACAAAUUUCUGCCAACACAACUGUCAACUGUAGAAUUACUUCAUACCGCCUCUGAAGCCAGAUUACGAACACAGAUGAGCAGCAUUUAUCUGCACAGAUCUGACUGAUACAUGCUCUGUUCCUAACGGCCACUGUGAUAAACAGGAAAUGAUAUCGCUUAACAAAGCAGUGCUUUGUUUUCUAUAGACAGUUUUAAUGAGCUUUGUUCGGAUGUUAUCAUUGUUGCUUGUUUUCGCUUUUUGUGAUUUAUAUUAUGAUGUGACAUGAAGAUGAAGAUGAAUCGUAAAUAUUGGUGAUUUAAAGCUUUAAAACAAAACAAUAAAAAAGCCACUUUAAGUGCAAAAGCAGCCAGUCCGAGUUACAAUCAUUAUAAUGUUUCUGCAGACAGGAAUUAAGGUUUGUCAG